CGGAGUCACCCACUCGGCCUCGGCCGUUGCGUUGGGGCGCCUCCAUCUCUCUGCUUUUUACUUGGCCUCUUUUUGGCUCACUCCAACACCAGCGGAAAAGAGGAGGAGAGCUCGUCCCUUUCUCCCUGUUGUCCAUAUUCUUCUUUCUUCUUCGUCCUCUCUUCCUUCUCCUACAGAGCAAUCAAGAAAAAAAAGGAGGAGAAGCUAAACCCUUAGCUCCUCUAGACUCUCUCUCUCUCUCUCUCCCUCUCCCUCCCUGCAUCGUCAGAAUGGACCACGCGGCAGAGGCGCACCGGACGGAUCUGAUGACGAUCACCAGGUUCGUGCUGAACGAGCAGUCGAAGCAUCCGGAGUCCAGAGGCGACUUCACCAUCCUUCUCAACCACAUCGUCCUCGGCUGCAAGUUCGUCUGCUCCUCCGUCAACAAGGCUGGUCUUGCAAAGCUAAUUGGUCUAGCGGGAGAAACCAACGUACAGGGUGAAGAACAAAAGAAGUUGGACGUGCUGUCCAAUGAAGUGUUUGUCAAGGCUUUGAUAAGCAGUGGGCGAACGUGUAUUCUCGUCUCCGAGGAGGAUGAAGAGGCAAUCUUCGUUGAGCCAUCAAAAAGGGGAAAGUAUUGUGUUGUUUUUGAUCCAUUGGAUGGCUCUUCCAACAUUGAUUGUGGCGUUUCAAUUGGAACAAUUUUUGGGAUUUAUGCGGUGAAAGAUUCGGCGGAGCCCAGUUUAUCGGAUGUGCUGCUGCCAGGAAAGAAUAUGGUGGCUGCCGGUUACUGUAUGUACGGCAGCUCUUGCACGCUUGUAUUAAGCACUGGAGCUGGAGUAAACGGAUUCACGCUUGAUCCUUCCCUUGGGGAGUUCAUACUUACCCAUCCCGAUAUCAAGAUUCCGAAGAAGGGAAAAAUCUAUUCAGUGAAUGAAGGGAAUGCAAAGAAUUGGGAUGUCCCAACUACCAAGUAUGUCGAGAAAUGCAAGUUCCCUAAGGAUGGAUCGCCUCCCAAGUCAUUGAGAUACAUUGGAAGUAUGGUUGCUGAUGUUCACCGCACAUUGCUUUAUGGAGGCUCUUUCUUGUAUCCUGCAGAUAAAAAGAGUCCAAACGGAAAGUUGCGUGUUUUGUACGAAGUAUUCCCAAUGUCAUUCUUGAUGGAACAAGCUGGAGGCCAAGCUUUCACUGGCAAAGAACGGGCACUCGAUAUGGUCCCUACCAAGAUCCAUCAACGUUCCCCCAUUUUUCUUGGAAGCUAUGAUGAUAUUGAAGAAAUCAAAGCUCUGUACGCUGCUGAGGAGACAAAAGCAUAGAUUGGAUUGCCCCCCAAAUUCCAUUCUCUCUUCCCUCCCGUCAGUAUUUUCUUGCGUAUGUGAAACAGCAAUGCCUUUAAUCUAUGGUUGUCACCUUUUCUUCUAA